GUCACGACACCAGACCAUAGGCUGGGGGAGAGAAGUGGCGAUGUGGAAACACGUGUGCGAUUCGCUCCCUUAACAAAUGAAAGGUCUGCCUAGUCCAGCUGUCUGAGCUCAGCGCUGAGAGCAAGUUUGGCCCGUUUCUGUAAGUGUAACUGAACUUGCCAGAUAAUCGGGGGGCUAAAUCUAUUGCAUACUUUAAGAUAGGCUAUCUAUUUGGAAAGGAAUACCGGUUUAGUCUGAUAGCUUCCCAAGCUGGUUGGCUGUCUUACUAUCUUAGACAAGGGACGAAGACCUCUCCGAAGACACGACACUGGCACGUACACAGGAUGCUAAGGAUCUAUUUAUAAUGAACUGGAGAGCUGUCUUGUCAGCUUACCUUGAUGGAUGAAUUGCGGUUCCGUAUCUUGUGAACCUUUCAGUCAAGAAGAGUGAGAAGCCAAUAGGAGCCCGGCCGGCGUGGAGGAUUUGGGGAGAUUUGCCUGAGAUUUGCACCAUGACUGACCCCAUGAUGGACUUCUUCGAUGACCCGAACCUGUUUGUGGGCGGUUUGGAGGGGCUCUCGGACGAGGGUUUUGCGUCGGGCCCGGUGUCUCUGGUGGACGAGCUGAACCUGAGCGCCGGGUUCGAGCCGCUGCAGGUGGAGCCGAUGGCCAUCGGGAAGCACCCCGGCAUCGUGCCCACCACCUCCUCUCAGAGCAUGACCUUCGAGCAGCAGAUCAGCCAUUUCGAGGCCAUGAAGACCCCUCACCCCAUCGGGCAGGCCUUCCCCGCCCCCGACGGCGGAGCCAUCAGCGGGGGCGGUGGAGGCAUGAUGUCCCAGCAUGCCCAGUUCCACAGCUCCCCCGCCCAGCAGGCGCCCCAGUCCAACGGGCUCUUCCCUGACAGUAGCCCCAUGUGGGGUAACCAGGACCAGAACGGGAACUCCUUCCACCAGCUGCCCCCACAGCAGCCUGGCCACCACCAGCACCUUAAUCAGCAGCACCAUCACCACCUCCAGCAGCCGCACGUGGGCUCCCAGCCCCUGCACCAGCACGGGAAGGCCUUUCCAGAGCACCACAACUUUGACUUUUACCAAGGAAACCUGGCGCCAAAGGAGCAGCAGCAGCAGCAGCAGCAGCAGCAGCAGCCAAACCCGCAUGGCCUGCCCCAUUCCCUGCCACUUAAUGCUAGCGGGAGCCGUAAUGGCAGUCCUUUCCACCCAGGCGGAGUGGCUAACGCCAUGAGCCAGCCCGCUAAGGCCUAUCUGGAUGCGCACAGCACCUCCUUUCCAGGUGGCCCCCAGCAGCAGCAGCAGCAGCAGCAGCAGAGCAGGAUGCUAAGCUGCCAGGGGGCUCAGAAGUUUCCUGGUCCAGGGGAGGACAUGGGCCUGCCGUUCUCCAGAUCGCCGGCCCUCUCCUCCUGCUCGGUCAGUUCCAGCGUUGCCUACCCUCCACCCCAGUACUCCUUCCCACCACAGCCUUCGGCCCCAGCACCUGCAGGUCCCGCCAAAGCUGUGGGGGCCGCCGCCCUGCACGCCUCCAUGCCGGACUUCUCGGGGGCGGGGGACGCGUUUUCGUUGAUCCCUGGGCUGGGCCAACAGCAGGAGCAGCAGGAGGCUGUGACCCAGGCGGGGAAAUGCCCCUUCCAGGCCCUGCAUCAGCCUCGGCAGGCUCAGGGAAGCUACAGCAGCUCCGGGAUGUUCUCCCCAGACAUGGGCUGCUACUCUGGAGCUGUGAGCCAGCACCCCGCCACCCAGCAGGGGACCUGCCAGGCAGCCAUAGCGCCAGCAACCGCUGGCAACGGAUACCAGGCCCUGGACGAGAACCUCCUGCAACAAGUAGGAGGUCACAGUGGGGGGUUUGGGGAACUUGAGGCCCCAGACCUCCUGGGGGACGAUCUCCUGCCUCAACUGGAGGCGGCCCUGAGCCAGGAGACCCCUCUGGAGCACCAGGAUGACUCCAACUGCUCCUGGACCAACGGCAACCAGGACGAAGACGAGGACAGCUCCUUCUCCGUCAACUACGAGCUGCAGCCCUGUAAGAACACUAAUGGUUCCAGUAACCACCCGCGGGUCCUGAGCCCUACCAUGAAGAGCAGCUCGUCUUCCUCGUCGUCGUCGUCGUCCUCCUCCUCCUCCUCCUCUUCCUCGGAGAAGAGGCUGCAGAGGAUGCAGGCGAUGGAGGCGCUGCCCGAGGACAAGCAGCUGAAGGCCAAUCGGAUCAUCUCCGAGGCCGUCGCCAAGGCGCGGCAGCGCGGCGAGAAGAACAUCCCGCGCGUCAUGAGCCCCGAGAGCUUCCCCAGCUCCGCCCAGCGCCGCGGCCGCCACGGCAACAAGGCCCGGCCCAAGGGCAAGGGCUCCAAGAAGGCCCGCAUCGUCACCUCCAAGCAGGCCAAGCAGAAGCCCAAGAUCGGGAAAAUCGUCAUCAAACUGGGCAAGAAGAAGAAGCGGAAGAACGAGUCUUCAGAGGAGCCUUCUGAUGACGAGCCGCCACCGCGCCGCUCCUCCAAAGACGACGAUUCAAAGAGAAGGUCCAACCGGCAGGUGAAGAGGAAGAAGUAUGUGGAGGAUGGGGAGUCCAGGGUGUCGGACGAGGAGGUGCGGGUGAUCGUCAAGGCGAAGAAGCCCAAGAAGGACCCGUCCGCUCAGCUGUUUGUGGAAAACCCUAGUGAGGAGGACGCAGCCGUUGUUGAUAAGAUCAUGGCGUCUCGCGUGUUGAAGAAUGAGGUCUCCCCUGGAGUCGUGGUUGAAGUGGAGGAGUUCUUUGUGAAAUACAAAAACUACUCGUACCUGCACUGUGAGUGGGCCACGGAGCAACGCCUGGAGAAGGACAAGAGGAUCCAGCAGAAGAUCAAACGCUUCCGGAUUAAACAGGCGCAGAGGGCACACUUCUUCGCUGAUAUAGAAGAGGACCCCUUUAACCCCGAUUACGUGGAGGUGGACAGAGUUCUGGAAGUCUCUUACUGUGAGGACAAGGACACUGGAGAGCCGGUGGUGUACUACCUGGUGAAGUGGUGCUCGCUGCCCUAUGAGGACAGCACGUGGGAGCUGAAGGAGGAUGUGGACCAGAGCAAGGUGGAGGAGUUUGAGCAGCUGCAGGCCGUCCGGCCUGACCUACGCAGGAUGGAGCGCCCCCCAGCCAGCCACUGGAAGAAGAGGGGGCAUUCCCGAGAAUACCAGAACGGCAACAGCCUCAGGGACUACCAGCUGGAGGGAGUCAACUGGCUCCUCUUCAACUGGUAUAACAGACGGAACUGUAUCCUGGCUGACGAAAUGGGCCUGGGGAAAACCAUCCAGUCCAUCACAUUCCUGGAGGAGAUCCACCGCGUCGGGAUCCGGGGCCCCUUCCUCAUCAUCGCCCCGCUCUCCACCAUCGCCAACUGGGAGCGCGAGUUCCGCACCUGGACCCAGCUCAACGUCAUCGUGUACCACGGCAGCGGGGUCAGCCGCCAGAUGCUGCAGCAGUACGAGAUGUACUUCAGAGACGCGCAGGGCCGCGGGCUUCACGGGGGCUACAAGUUCCAGGCCAUCAUCACCACCUUCGAGAUGAUCCUGGGCGGCUGUCCCGAGCUCAACGCCAUCGAGUGGCGCUGCGUGAUCAUCGACGAGGCCCACCGCCUGAAGAACAAGAACUGCAAGCUUCUGGAGGGCUUCAAGCUCAUGAACCUGGAGCACAAGGUGCUUCUCACAGGCACUCCUCUCCAGAACACGGUGGAGGAGCUCUUCAGCCUGCUGCACUUCCUGGAGCCCUCCCGCUUCCCCUCGGAGAACACCUUCCUGCAGGAGUUUGGGGAUCUGAAGACUGAGGAACAGGUCCAGAAGCUGCAGGCCAUUCUGAAGCCCAUGAUGUUGAGGAGGCUGAAGGAGGACGUGGAGAAGAAGCUGGCGCCAAAAGAGGAGACCAUCAUCGAGGUGGAGCUCACCAACAUCCAGAAGAAGUACUACCGCGCCAUCCUGGAGAAGAACUUCUCCUUCCUGGCCAAGGGCGCCGGCCAGGCCAAUGUGCCCAACCUGGUCAACACCAUGAUGGAGCUGCGCAAGUGCUGUAACCACCCCUACCUCAUCAAAGGGGCAGAGGAGAAGAUCCUGGAGGACUUUCGGGAGGUCUACAGCCCCAGCGCCCAUGACUUCCACCUGCAGGCCAUGGUGCAGUCGGCAGGCAAGCUGGUGCUCAUCGACAAGCUGCUGCCCAAGAUGAAGGCCGGGGGCCACAAGGUCCUCAUCUUCUCCCAGAUGGUGCGCUGCCUGGACAUCCUGGAAGACUUCCUCAUACAGAGACGGUACCUCUACGAGAGGAUUGACGGGCGCGUGCGGGGGAACCUUCGCCAGGCCGCCAUCGACCGCUUCAGCAAGCCCGACUCGGACCGCUUCGUCUUCCUGCUCUGCACCCGGGCGGGGGGGCUGGGCAUCAACCUGACCGCAGCCGACACCUGCAUCAUCUUCGACUCGGACUGGAACCCCCAGAACGACCUGCAGGCCCAGGCUCGCUGUCACCGGAUCGGGCAGGACAAGGCGGUGAAGGUGUACCGGCUGAUCACGCGGAACUCGUACGAGCGGGAGAUGUUCGACCGCGCCAGCCUCAAGCUGGGCCUGGACAAGGCCGUGCUGCAGAGCAUGAGCGGGAGGGAGACCUGCACGGGCGGACAGGCGCAGCAGCAGCUCUCUAAGAGGGAGAUCGAGGACCUGUUGCGUCGCGGAGCGUACGGAGCCAUCAUGGACGAGGAGGACGAAGGCUCCAAGUUCUGCGAGGAAGACAUCGACCAGAUCCUCCAGCGCCGCACCAAGACCAUCACCAUCGAGUCUGAGGGCCGGGGGUCCACCUUCGCCAAGGCCAGUUUUGUGUCGUCUGGAAACAGGACGGACAUCUCCCUGGAUGACCCCAACUUCUGGGACAAGUGGGCGAAGAAGGCGGAGAUCGACGUGGCCACAGUGAAUGGCAGAAACAGCCUGGUGAUCGACACGCCCCGCGUGCGGAAGCAGACGCGGCCCUUCAGCGCCACCAAAGACGAGCUGGCGGAGCUGUCUGAGGGAGAGAGCGACGGAGACGGCAAGCCCAAACUGCGGCGUCCCCACGACCGGCUCAGCAGCUACGGCCGCACCGAGUGCUUCCGCGUGGAGAAGAACCUGCUGGUGUACGGGUGGGGGCGCUGGAAGGAUAUCCUCCUCCACGGGCGCUUCAAGAGGCAGCUGACUGAGCGGGACGUGGAGAUGAUCUGCCGGGCCCUGCUGGCCUACUGCCUGGUGCACUACCGCGGGGACGACAAGAUCAAGAGCUUCAUGUGGGACCUGAUCGCCCCCACCGAGGACGGCCAAACCAGGGAACUGCAGAACCAUCUGGGUCUGUCCACCCCGGUCCCCCGGGGGAGGAAGGGGAAGAAGAUGAAGGCUCAGGUCAGCUCCUUCGACAUCCACAAGGCCGAGUGGAUCAGGAAGCACAACCCGGAACACCUGCUCCAGGACGACGGCUACAAGAAGCACCUCAAGCACCACUGCAACAAGGUGCUGCUGCGGGUCAGAAUGCUCUACUACCUGAAACAGGAAGUGAUCGGAGACCAGUCCCAGAAGGUUCUAGGCGGCGCCGACUCCAGAGAGGUCCAGAUUUGGGUUCCCGAGCUGGACCACUCUGAACUCCCGGCCCUGUGGUGGGACGCCCAGGCUGACAAGUGCCUACUGCUGGGAGUGUACAAGCACGGCUAUGAGAAGUACAACACUGUCCGUGCGGACCCCGCCCUCUGCUUCCUAGAGCGAGUGGGCAGGCCUGACGAGAAGGCCAUCGCAGCCGAACAGCGAGCCAACGACUUCAUGGACGGAGACGUGGAUGAUCCGGAAUACAAGCCUGCUCCAGCCCUGCUGAAGGAUGAUAUGGAGGAUGACGCUUCCUCUCCGGGGGACCUGGUCGUGACGGACCCCGCUGGAGACGGCGGGGUGCCCAUGGAGGGGGACGUGGCGUACUGGCCCCCUCCCUCGGCCCUAACAGCCCGCCUGCGGCGCCUCAUCACGGCCUCCCAGCGCUUCACCAAGAGCCGGCAGAUCCAGCACAUCCACCAGUCCCAGCAGACCGUGCUGCCCAACCCCUGCGUCCUGCCGCCCGCCUUCAGCGACUCGCUCACCCCUAAGAUGGCCGCCAAGAUGGAGCGUCAGCAGAGGUGGACCCGGAGGGAGGAGGCCGAUUUCUACCGCGUGGUGUCCACGUUCGGGGUGGUGUUCGACCCCGAGCUGGCCUGCUUCGACUGGACCAAGUUCCGGGCCAUGGCGCGGCUGCACAAGAAGACGGACGAGAGCCUGCAGAAGUACCUGUGGGCCUUCACCGCCAUGUGCCGCAGAGUGUGUCGCCUGCCAGCCAGAGACGAGGACUCGGUGGACCCAUCCAUCUCCAUCCAGCCAAUCACGGAGGAGCGCGCGUCUCGCACGCUGUACCGCAUCGAGCUGCUGCGGAAGGUGCGGGAGCAGGUGCUGCGGCACGCCCAGCUCUACGAGCGUCUGGCCCUGUGCCAGCCGGGGCCCGACCUGCCCGUGUGGUGGGAGCCCGGCCCCCACGACCGCGACCUGCUGAUCGGGGCCGCCAAGCACGGCGUGAGCCGCACGGACUACCACAUCCUGCGCGACCCCCAGCUCUGCUUCAUGAGCGCCCAGCGCAACUACAGCCACGCCAAGGGCGCCCCCGCCCUGCUGCAGCCCCACUACCAGGCCCUGCUGGCGGGGUCCCCCCUGCCGCCCCCCUCCCGCCAGCCCGAGGACCCCAGGACGCUGCCCAAAGAGGAGCCCGUCUCCGAGGAGGAGGCGGGGGACAGGAGGCCGCAGGCGGACGGCUGGAGCCCCAAAACGGGCCCCGCCACCCCCACCGGCCUGGACUGCAGAGGGGGCCCCGCUAAGGGGGGCAGCGAGAAGCGCAUGGUGGCGGCCCGGACCAAGCCCCUCACGCCCAACUCCUCCACGCAGAAGCAGAGGAAGCCGCGCAAGAGGAGCCGCAAGGAGGCGCGCCGGGGCUCCGACUCUGACGGCUCCUCCUCCUCCUCCUCCUCACGGUCCUCCUCUUCAUCCUCCUCCUCCUCGUCCUCCUCUUCCUCUCGCUCUCGCUCAGGCUCCAGCUCCUCCUCCUCUUCCUCCUCCUGCUCUUCCGGAUCCUCGUCCUCCUCUUCCUCCUCUUCGUCUGACAACAGCGACAGUGAGGGUGAAGAUGGGAAGAAAAAUGCGACCGCGGUGCCCAGCGUGAAGGGGUUCGACGAGGACAGCGUGGCCUCCGUCAGCACCACGCUGGACGAGACGCAGGACAGCUACCUCACCGAGAACGGCCUGCCCAACUCCCACCAGCCCUUCCAGGGAGGCUUCAUGCUCGCUGCCUCCUACUGGCCAAAGGACCGGGUCAUGAUCAACCGGCUGGACAGUAUCUGUCAGGCGGUGCUGAAGGGCCAGUGGCCAGGGCUGAGGCGAGCCUAUGAGCCCAGCGUGGUGUCCUCCUUUUACACCACCAAGCUGCGGGACAGUCCCCCCCCUGCGGGGCUCCCGGGCCUGGGAGAGGAGCCCCCGGCCUCUCCUCAGAUGUCAAAGGUGAAGAAGCAUGUCCCAGACAAGGAGUUUACAGUGAAAAUCAAUAACCAGGAAGGUGGUUUGAAGCUGACCUUCCAGAAGCAGGGGCUGCCCCAGAAGAGGCAGCUGGAGGGGGAGGAGGGCCCUGUGGGGCAGCAGCAGUACCUGGCCCGUCUGCAGGAGCUGCAGAGCGCCUCAGACUCCAGCCUCGCCGACUACAGCCGGCCUCUGAGCGGCCUGGGCCCCGGGUUCCCAGGACAGAUGAGGGUAAACGGGGUCAUGGACGGCCAGCCUGUGGUGAAGAAGAGGAGAGGGAGGAGGAAGAACGUGGAGGGCAUGGACCUCCUGUUCAUGAACAGGACCCGAGUCCCCACAACAACUCCCGACCAGGUGCCCCCUGGCUGGUGUAGCGGUGCCAAGCCCAGCCCUUCUGCAGGCCCCGCGCUGGGGUUCGGACAGGGCCCGGCCCAGGGGCCCGGGGACACCGAGAGCAGGGUCCCCGUCAUCAACCUGAAAGACGGCACGCGGCUGGCAGGAGACGAUGCCCCCAGGAGGAGAGACCUGGACCUGUGGCUGAGAGAGCACCCGGGCUUUGUGGCGGAUGUUGGGUCCUUCAUCCCUGGGACCACUAAGAUGCAAUUUCCGGAGGUCCGGCCCAAGCAGAAGAGGCACCGCUGCCGGAACCCCAACAAGAUGGACGUGAACAGCCUGACGGGCGAGGAGCGGGUGCAGAUCAUCAACCGGAGGAACGCCCGCAAGGUGGGCGGUGCCUUCGCGCCUCCUCUGAAGGACCUGUGCCGCUUCCUGCAGGAGAACCCGGAGUACGGGGUCCCCCCGGAGUGGGCUGACGUGGUGAAGCAGUCGGGUUACCUGCCUGCGAGUAUGUUUGACCGCAUCCUGACGGGGCCCAUCGUGCCCGAGGAGGUGAGCAGGAGAGGGCGUCGGCCCAAGAGCGCCGCGGCUAAGGCGGCCGCGGCGGCUAACGCCGGCUCCGCCCCCCUGGCCCUCAACCCCCUGCUGGCCAACGGGCUGCUGUCGGGCCUGGACCUGUCCAGCCUGCAGGCCCUGCAGCAGAACCUGCAGCUCGCUGCCGGCAUCAUGGGCCUGCCGGGGGACGCCAACAGCCUGGCCGCCAUGUUUCCCAUGAUGCUCUCCGGCAUGGCCGGGCUCCCCAACCUCCUGGGCCUCAGCGGGCUGCUGGGGAAGGCCCAGGAGGCGGCCGCCGGCUCCGAGGGGAAGAGGAAGGGGCCCGGGGGGGACGGCGCGGCCCCCAAAGCCCCCGGCUCGGACCUCAAAGCCGAAAGGACCGAAGGCGAAAGCGCCGGCCCCCGCCCCGGCGACCCCUCGUCCUCCUCCAGCAUUCCGCCAAGUGCUUCUGCCUCCGCGGCCCACCCGGUCGCCCUCAACCCACUGCUGCUCUCCAGCAUGCUGUACCCAGGGAUGCUGCUCACUCCAGGCCUUAACCUGCCCCUGUCCUCACUGCCGCAGUGCGCCACGCCCGACACGCAGCCCAAGAGCCGGGCCGCCGCGCCCGCGCCCAGCCAGGAGCCCCCCCGGGCCGCCGGGGAGACGGGGGCCCCCGCCAGGGGCCAGGAGGAGGAGUCCGAGGACGAGUCCGCGGAGCAGAAGGAGAACAGCGGGGCGGAGGGCUCGGAGAAAGGGGAGUCCUCUUCAUCCGAGUCGGACAGCUCCUCUUCAACGUCGGGGGAUUCGGACUCCAGCGAUGAAGACUGAACCCUGUGCACCCCCCAGCACUUACAUUGUGAUUUUCUUUUCCUCUUAUUUGUAAAUAACAAAAUCAAAGUGUUGUGUAAUAAAGACAAAAAAAAAAAAAACAACUAAAAAACGGAUCUAGAGAUACUGAAUAAAAUUUCAGUGUUUGUUCAAAGGUACAAUAUUGUUUUGAUAGAUAAUUUGCAUGUUGAACUUUAUUAGACUUCAAAAAUUUGUGAACUUGUAUUACACUAUGGUGUACAAUUGCAAAAAAAAAGAAAAGAAAAAAAACACACAAAAAGGCAUUAUUGUUAUUAUGUUGGGAUUUAAUUUUAUUAAAAAAAAAAAGAAGAGAAUUAACGCUCAAGCGGAGCUGUAUGUUUAAUAUAUUUGGAGUGGAAAAAAAAAAACAUCUUUAUAAAUAUUUUGGUUUAAUUUGUAAAUACUUUUACAGGCUCCUGGACAGUUCUGAUUUACAGGUGAAACUUUGGAAAAGUCAGCAAUAACUCAGGCAGCUAAUGAAUGUGGCAGAAGCUGUUUGGCCUCAGAUCCUCUCUCGGCUGUUCGCGCGGGGCAGCGAGCGUUUGGCCCCCGUUCCCGCCGCGCCUCGCUUGUUGUGCAAGUUCUCCACCCCAGGGAAAGAGGCGGACAUUCUGGGUGGAGUCAUCGCACCUCAACACAUAGGAGAGUUCCUUAAAACCAUGGCUGUAUGCAUCACAUGCCUGUAUGUAAAUAAUGAAUUUAUCGCUAUAUAUACUGUAUAUAUAUAUAUUAUUUUUUUCCUUCAGAAGUAGAUCUUCUCAAACUGAGCUGCACUUUAGUCUCAUAAGUGCUCUUGCACACGUAUCCAGGUUGGUCCGGGGGCGGGCGUCCGCUCCCCGUGGGGGCGAGGCUCCUGCCGCAGGGCCAGGGGACUGGACAACAAGCGAGCGCCGAACGCGUGUGCCAAACGCUCCUCUCCCUCGCGGAAGCCCGGCUUGAGAAAAUACAACCAUGAAAUUAAAAAUAAAGGAAAGAAAGCUAUCUCGUGUUGUAGUGCGCUGCUGAUUUGCAUUUGAAAUUCCUGUGCAGUUUGAGUUGUGUGGAGCAGUGUGAAGCAGCCCUGGGGGGCUGAGGGGUCUGUGGUUUCCUUUCCUUCGGCUGCCUGCUACAGGCCCUGAGAACAAGUGUGUCCUCUUCAGCCGAUACGACGAUUUCAUUUAGUCACUGGUGCUGGAGCACUCGAGAACCCAGCAGACACAGCGGCCCUCCAGGACGGGAGUCUCCCGCGCCUGUGGGCUGUCUUACAGUACCUGCCUACCUGUGCUGAGCGGAGCGAUGGCUUACUGCUAACCACAGGUUACUGUCUCUUGUGGCUCGGAGCACACGUACGCACAUGUUGUGUAAUCCGUUAUCUACUCUUUCUGCAGGCUGCCAUAACCGCUCCCAUUCACCGUGUCCUUACGUGUGCUUCUGUGCUUCUUCUGUCGGGUUUCCCACGCCGCCUCCUCCCCUAUCUGUCCGUUUCAUUCCUUAAGUUGUUGCGAACGCUUCAUCCGCGUGGCGGUCCGCGUUCCGUCAGCUGCGUUGUGCGUGACGUCCCCUUCGAGCAGCUCGGAGGACUCUUGAGGCGCUCCAGUCUGUUCGAGAGAGGCCUGACCGUUUCCGGGUCCAGCUGACUGGAAAGUGGGAGCGUAACCGCGCGCGGAUCCCUUGGUUACGCUCGCCGUCGCCGUUGGAGAUCCGAACCUUGACAUUCUUGGCGUCACUGCACCUGGGGUCACGGUUGCGAAAGCAAGCCACACAUUACAUACGAAAGGCCGUGGUUGACUGUCAUGGACACUUUGGCUGAUUAAAAUGAUGGUGGAUGUGACCUUUUAAAGUUUUCAUCUUUGUUAUUUCAUUUAAUAAGCUGCAGCGUUUUGUUAUAAGCCAGAGUAACGAACGGGUAUGUGAAUGAUGUAAUUGUUUCUGAUGUCCAAGCCACACCACACACUGAGAUACAGGCUGACAGAUGACAGAUUAUUUCAGGAUACGUGCCAUUCGUCUUCCCGGACUUGGCCUUUAGGGUCGACAUCAACACCUUGAAUUCGGUCUAAAUUCCUGCUUUUCAUCUAUUAAACCUACUGUAUGCAGUUGUGCCUCAAGUUUGACUAAAACUUUUGCCUUAAAAAGAAACUUUUGCAUUUAUUCACUGGGCUUGGCGCAGGAGGUUUGCUGGAUGAUGAAUGACCCGAGGCUUGUUCUGGUUAGGUAAUGCUCUGCUUCAAACACAUGCAGUCUGUUAUCUAGCACAGAGAUAAGGCUCGGCUUAGAUUCAGUUGCAUUGUGCUUUAUCUCACAGUUGCUAAUCCAAGGCCAAAAAUGAAUGUCCAAAGACUGAGCUCAUUGUCUGGAUGGGAGAUGCACUAAAAUGCUAAAAUGGACAAAGGACAGUUAGAUUGAAAUGGACUAUGAAAGUCAGACUGGUUCUUCCUGAUAUUGGUUAUUCUAUUGGACGUAAUUCCUCAUAUUGUAUUUUCACUCAAUUUACUCACUUUAUGACAUUGAUAACGUACAGAUAAAAAAAUACCAAUGCACUGGCUUGACUUUACAAGCCAAACCAACAAUAAUACAGGCAGUCAUUGAAAUUGUGUUUGAAUUUGCAGACAUGUAGCUAUUCAAAAUAACUGAUUCUUAAUCUCAUUCGAAGCAGUACCUGUAACUGUCAUCAGGUGGCUCAGGAUCGCAUUAUCCUGUGCAAACUACAGUGUGUAUUAUCUGAGGGUCCUUAAACCUCUUCUACAUUGACUUCUGAUGUUCUGUAUGACGCUAUAUUUCUACAUUAUUUGAUUCCAUGUCACUUUGUCGUUCCCCUUUAAUAUUAGGAAAAUAUUAGUUUUUGUGUGUGAUGAAAUAAUGGUGGGCAGAGGUGAUCGCCCUCGACAUGAAAUUACCAUCCAGAUGCAGGAUAAACAUGUGUACAGAUGCAAUCACUAAAAUCAAAUGUAUAUAGCUGCUAAACAAAAUCUUUUAAAAUAUUGCUUAUUCAAAGAUUGAUAUCUUGAGUUAUUUUGUUUUGGAUAGUUGCAAUAUUUGCAAGUUAAGGCUAGUGCGGUCAACUAAUACAAACUAGUUGACCAGAAGCAUCAUAAUUUGGACAUAAUUUGUAAUUUACCAUAUGUGCAGUUUUAUAAAGUAAAUGGAGGUUCAUUAAAACAUUUUCUUACAAGUCA